AUGGCGGCCCUCAACAACCUCGCGAAGUUCCUCACACCGCCGAUGCCGAAUGUCACGGCCGAUUACGACGGCCUCGAGUUCCGGUAUAAGUUCUUCGCCUUCCGGCCAGCUUACUUCAAGAAUGAGGUGUACUUCCUGGGCGCGGCGCUGCUCUACGUGGUCGUCUACUUCAUUGGAAAGAAGGCGAACGAGAGGAAAGCACAUAAGUGGUUUGCGGCACACGAUGCGCUGUACAAGUCGCAAUUCUCAAAGCCGACACAUACGGAAGGUCUAAGUCAAGACGGGAACAGCGAUUUCUUCGCGUUCUCCACAGGGAGGCGUGCUCUGACCUCCCUGCACACCACGUUCACCCUCCGGCCCCGCCACGACCUCUUCCAGACCAUCUUCCACUUCGUGCGCGGCCUGGUCGAGCUGGAUUACAAGGUCUAUGACGCGGUCGAGCUCGAGUUCACCUUCCGGGAGGGCGCAGCCCCGGAGACCGUAUGGGCGGUCGUUGCGAAGGAUGAGCUCAAGAAGAUUCGCGAUGAGCGCUGGGACUUGACCUUCACUAAGACCACCGACACCCCCGCGUUGCCGGCCUCUCUGGCCGUCAUGUCCGAGUUCGCCGACGUCACCACGAACCUCCUGAAGCCAUACGGCACGUUCUCGCUCCCCGCGGCGCUCUCCCUGCCCGCCAUCCAGCCCUACUUCCGCUCGCUCUCGCUCACAGACCAGCCGCGCACGCGCCCCUCGCAAGCACUCGCCCCCUCCGAGCGCACGCGCCGGCUCAUCCUCACGCUCGCGCUCCCGCCGACCUCCGACGCCGCCGCCACGCUCCCGCUCAUCGCCGCCGCCUUCCAGCUCGUCGACGUGAUCGCGGGCGAGGGCCGGCUGCCCGGGGUGCGCGGGGGGCUCGCGGCGGCGCUGCGCCCGGAGACGAAGGCGAAGCUGCGGAAGAUGCGCGAGGAGGUCGAGCGCCAGAUCCGCGACGAGGACGCGCGCGAGAAGCGCGAGGAGGUCGAGGAGCAGAAGGCGGCCGCGCGCAAGAAGGCGCAGGACGAGCGGCUGUCGAAGCUGAGCGCGGCGGAACAGAAGAAGGCGCUGGACCGCGAGAAGAAGCGCGCGAUGCGCAAGACGCAGGGCAAGACGAAGAUGCGGUAG